UGAACGUAAAUGCGGCUCGCCGUGGAUUAACCCCGGACAGCUGUGAUAGGCUGCGCGGGCUCCGGUCUCGCGCCGCAGUCCCAGCCCUUCCGUCCGUCACCCGCCCCAGUGUGAUUCACCGCACGCGCAGCGGAGAACACGGUCCAGGUUUCUGUUGAGAUCCACUUGGGGUAGCCUGGUUAAUUGGUUCUCAGCACAGCCUGAGCACUUGCCCUCAAACAUCAGUAUACCGGAGGAUCUGCUACCCCCCACCCCCCUCACCAGAUGUAGAGGGAGUUGUCAUCUGCAGCAGCCGUGUACACGUGAAUUUACCCCACCAUGCGUGAGUAUAAGCUUGUGGUGUUGGGAUCGGGAGGAGUGGGAAAGUCUGCACUGACAGUCCAAUUUGUGCAAGGCAUUUUUGUGGAAAAGUAUGACCCCACAAUAGAAGAUUCAUACAGGAAGCAAGUGGAGGUUGAUGGACAGCAAUGCAUGCUAGAAAUCCUUGACACAGCAGGAACAGAACAGUUCACGGCUAUGAGGGACCUGUACAUGAAGAACGGCCAGGGCUUUGCCCUGGUCUACUCCAUUACAGCACAGUCGACGUUUAACGACCUACAGGACCUCCGGGAACAGAUCCUGCGAGUGAAGGACACUGAGGAUGUUCCCAUGAUCCUGGUGGGCAACAAAUGUGACCUGGAGGAUGAGCGUGUGGUUGGCAAGGAGCAAGGCCAGAACCUGGCCCGUCAGUGGAACAACUGUGCCUUUUUAGAGACUUCAGCGAAAUCAAAGAUCAACGUUAAUGAGAUUUUCUAUGACCUGGUGAGACAGAUCAACAGGAAAACGCCGAUGGAAAAGAGGAAGACAAAAAAGAAGUCAAAUUGCACUCUGCUCUAAAAUGCCACACACAGCAGCUCUUGGCCAGAACCCUGUAAUAAUUAACGGUUGCCCAGUUGGAGCAUGCCAGCAUUCCCUGCUCUCUCCGGAAGACUUUGACAAAUGGCCGACAGAGAAAUACCUUACCACUCUGGAGACGGGACAAGAUGGCACAUUCUUUCAAGAUAUUCUUCUCUGCUUUCUAAUGGUGAAGAGAUCCACCUGUUUAUUUUAUUGUUUUUUUUUUUGGGGGGGGGGAUAUUUGUUUUUAAUGGUCAUUGUCAGCCUUGUGAAAUGACAACUUGUCUUUUUCUUUUCCUAAGGUCUCCUUCUUUUUGAAAUGUCAGUUCAAAGGAAAAGAGACAGUAUGCUAUAUGGGAACUAAUGUGUUUUAUUGAAAGUAACAAUGAUCUUUGGCAUAUUGUGGCUAUACGUUUGCAAAGAAAUCAUGUGAAAUGUUGGCCUUCUCAUACUUCCUGCACUAACGGUGUCAACAGAAUGCAUCAUUGUCCAUUUCUUGCUCCUACUUAUGAGGACUUGUAUUCAUGAGGUAACAUCUCUCCUAAGUGACUUUGUUUUAUAUUGAGAGCUGCGAGGCUUUCAUAUUUCCCCUAAUAUAUUCUAAUUCCAUUUUUGCAUAAUAAAGCUAAGAAAAUUAGUAUUUUAUAGAUUGAUGGGGGACAUGACGCUUUUUGAUUUCCGUGUCUUAAGGCCGAAAGUAUAUUGUACUAAACCAACUCUAAUAUUGCUUCUUGUGUUACCCUGUCACAAAUGAUUUUCCAGCUUUUAUGAAUGAUUAAAUUUUAGUACA